CCAGUUUUAGCGGGCCAUCGCCAAGUGCUCAGCUCUCUCCUUCGUCCACUUGUUGUUCUUCUCUCUAUUUCUUUCAGGUACCCGAAAAUGAGAAUUCCAGAAACCCAGAGAGCCCAAAAAUCCUGCAUCCCAAAAACCAGUCUUAAUUCAUUUUGGGAUCUUAAAGUGAGCGGAUCGAAAGAAAUAGGUGGCGCGAAUACUAAAAUAGAAUUAAAAGGUUUUAUCAAAAAUGAGUGAAGUGGAAUCUGCAGGCAUGGACUUUUCGCGAAAAACCCUGCAGGACUACGAGGUCUUGGCCGUGAUGGGAAAUGGAUCCUUCGGCACCUGCUACAAAGUGCGUGAUAAGAACACCGGGGAGCUGUUUGCAUGGAAAGGAAUGAACUACGAUGAAUUGGAUGAGGCCAAAUGCGAGGCUUUGGUCUCCGAGAUCAGUGUUCUGCGGCAGCUCCAGCAUCCAAAUAUAGUGCAGUACUACCAUCAUUUGGUGAAUCGAGAGGCCAAAUCCAUAUAUAUAGUAAUGGAGUGCUGUGCCGGCGGCGAUCUCGCCCAGAUCGUCCAGCUAGCAAGAUCCCAAAGGCAACGUUUCGAGGAGCCCUAUAUAUGGAAGGUGCUCUUCCAACUGUGCCGAGCUCUUCAGGUGUGCCACAAUAAAAUUCCUAACGGCACAAUACUGCAUCGUGAUAUCAAACCAGCUAAUAUUUUCCUGGAUGCUGCCGGAAAUGCCAAACUGGGAGAUUUUGGCCUGGCCAGGAUGCUGCGAAGGGAUCAAAGCUUCGCAGCUUCUUUUGUAGGCACGCCACAUUAUAUGAGUCCGGAAUUGGUGAGGGGCAGGAAAUAUGACCGGAAAAGCGAUGUCUGGGCCGUAGGCUGUUUGGUCUACGAGAUGUGUGCCUUGCGACCGCCGUUUCGGGGAAGAGCCUUUGAUCAGUUAUCCGAAAAGAUUGCCCAAGGUGAGUUCAGCCGCAUUCCCACAGUCUACAGUGCCGACCUGCAGGAGAUCAUUGCCUUCAUGCUGGCUGUUGAUCAUGAACAGCGUCCAGGCAUCGAGGUCAUCAUUAGGCAUCCACUAGUGGUGCGGAAUAUCAGUGACCUGGAUGGCAAGUUUCCGAAUUUAAUUGAAGCAGGAGACGAUUUUUACAAGUUUCCCAUCGGAGGUAAACUCUUCGAAGACGAAGAUGAGUUGGAUGUGGCGCCGGAACUUUCCAGUACUUUGUUUACGGAACAAUACAGCUUCAAUGAAGGUUAUGGACAAAGAAGACUCAGUGUGACUGGCGUUUUCACUCCAGAUUUGAGAAGUGAACUCUUCUACUCUGCUAAGCGAAAAAUCUUUCCUUCAAAGAAACUUCAGCUUUCGGAUCCAGCCCUAUAUGAAAGUAUAAGGAGAGAAGAGCAAGCAGAGGAAAGGCAGGUGGAACUAGAGGAGGAGCGACGACUCAAGAAUUAUCGAGACAAGCAAAAGCACCAGGAAAUCCUAAGUAAUCAACCACUAAAGGAGGCCGCUGACAGUCCUCGAGCCAUCACCCAAAACAUUUUUGAUGAAGUGUUAAAGACCCGUCUUCAUGCUAUCCGUGCUCAGGAAUCGCUUUUACAGCAGAAGUUAGAGGAGCUACAGGCCCGAGAAAAGGAGAUACAGUUGGCUGAGCAGCGCGUCCAAUCGCUGGAGCGGCAGCUCCAAGAAAAACUUCUUCAGCAGGAGAAGAAUACCUGCAGUUGUAGACAAUCACUAGCACCGCCCAUUCCUCCCAGGAAGCCAGUAAAGUCCCAGCAUGAUGACACCUACUGCACUAUCGAACUAAAUGAGACGUCUCCCACAGUUGCAAAACUCAAUUUGGCAACCAUGCCGGCUCCCAAAUCCUUGAAUAAUUUGCGAAAGGUUACCUUUCAGUCGCCUCAGAAAUUUGUCACUUACGGGAUCGAGAAUAUUCCUCCUCCGGUUGUUAAUCCGACAAUUAAUCCUCCACCUGCCUCCGUUCCCAUGCAGAUAAGCGUGUCUAGUAAUGAUUCCGGGGAUAGUCAAGCCUCCUCCACCCGCAGGAAGUCUAUACUCUCUCUUUUUGGCCUGAGUCGUGGUUCUAAGGCGUCCUCCAAAUCCCUUCCAACGGUGAAUCAGGGUCCACAAGCCGCUUCAGUGCGCGUACAGCGACCUCCUUUGGCUCUUAAGGCACAAGUCACUCAAGAACAGCCGGCGGCAGUUCCUCCGGUUGCCAAUCUCUGGACCAAAGAGCAAAAGAAACAAGCCUUUGAACUGCUGGCGGCCAUGAAUGCGGCGGAGAGGGAGGCAGGCAGUGGACCAGCCGGCGGUACCGGGCCAGGAGGAGCACGUCGCCAGCAUCUCCGACAAUCAGUGAGGGAGAGGAACUCUUCACUCCAGCGAAAUCGCAUGCGGCGAUCAUUGGUGGUGCCCAGCGGCCAUCAGAAGCUAUCAACGCGCGAUCAGAUGGUGAUCUAAGCAGACUGGUGCGAGGCAUUGUAGAGUUCUGGAGCCAUGGAAACCAUGGAAACUAAGAGGUUGUGAUGUGGAAUAAGUUCCGUAAUAUACAUAUGAUUUUUUUUUAACAUCAAUUUUUUUUAUUGCCAUAUUUUGCAAGCGUAUUAUUAGCAGUAAGAUUUUACUUUUUUUCGCUGCCAUUCAUUGUGCAAUUUUCAUUAGUUUAAAUAAACAAGUAUAUUUAAGCAUUUUUUUUUGGCAUUUAAUAAAAUUAUUCAAACUAUGCUUAUUAAGUAUA